GACAGUAGCCGUGUUUUACAAUGUGAAGGUCGCAAUCACGGGUCAUCAAUGGCUAGAGCGAACGUGCUUACCAAGCUUUAUUAUUUUGACAGAAACAGAAAAAACAGCAGAAAUAGUAGCAACAGUGGAAGCAGAAGCAGUAGUAGUACUUAAAGGUUGUUUGAUGCUUGCUGUGAGCCUAGUUGGUUGGUGUGUAAAAUACUUGAAGUACUCGUCCAUUCUAUAGAGCUUCCCAGUGUACACUACUCGUGAGAGCUUGACUAAUAACUGUAAGACGAAAUACUUAAGUACAGUCAAGAGUCGACUAAAUCUGCAGCAGCAGUUUUAGCCACCAAGUCCAUGGGGAUGAAGUCCUCAUUGACUGCAGGCAAUAGGGCUGUCAUACCCUUAUUUUUGCUUGAGUGUUGUCAAGUUGCGGGCUUUAAUGACUACAGACUCCUAAGCAGCUAGAGCUUAUCCACCAACCUUUAUUAGUGUGCUGCCUUCUGCAGUGUGGGACUCUAAAUUUCUUUUUCCUUCUCAAGUCUACAAAGGCUAACCAGCCAGCCAGUCCCAAAAAUUAUAAGCGGAAUAGAAGCAGUAUCAACAGCAUCAGCGCUAGCAGCAGCAAUAGCUUAGUGACUAAGAAUCACAGGUCAUCUGAAGCUAUGUCCCAGAUUGUACGGCAACUUGGGUGCUCGCAUAAGCUCCUACUGUCCUGACUCGUCAAGAGGACCUUGACGACCACCUUAAGAUUCAGCUGAUCUACAUCCUAAUACACUUAUGCCCAUUCUAAUACUGAAGUUCAGCUAAGAAAUUUUAAAUAAAGCAAUUUAAACUAACGGUAUGCAUCCACCUUUUGUCUUGGCAUGGGUUUGAGAACAAACAAAAAGUCAUUUUCAACAUCGGUUCAGAUUACAGUGGGCAUGCGGGGGUGACUGGAGUAAUGGGAUGGGGCCAGAGCCCCAUGGAGUUCGGGUAAACCCGCCUCCAACCCAACUCCCCAGCCCCCUCCAUUAUCUUCAUCGUUACUGCUGCUGCCAAAGACGCAGAAGGCAGACUUACACACGAUGGAGGCCUCUAAUACACAACUAUACAAGGAAAAAGAACAACGCACUCGCAGGCCUUGUGCUUUUGAUAAGAUGGAGGAGUUGGUGCGAGAGAUGCAAGACCCUGACAAUGGGGUGCCUGUUCGUAGCCAAAAAGUAUUUCUCACCUUAAUUCCUGCAGCGUUCAUGGGGUACGACCUUAUCGAGUGGCUAAUGGAACGUCUAAACAUUGAAGAAUCAGUAGAGGCGGUCCACAUCGCUAACCAACUUUGCCAGUACGGUUAUUUUUUCCCCGUCAAUGAUUCCAGAACUCUGACAGUGAAGGAUGACAGCUCACUUUAUAGGUUUCAGACACCUUAUUAUUGGCCAUGGCAACAUCGGCAGCCUGAUAAUGUUGAAUAUGCAAUCUAUUUGUCAAAAAGAACAUUGAGGAAUAAACAACGUCAUGGCUUAGAAGACUAUGAACUAACUGCUUUAAACGAAAUGAAGAAAAACUUACAAAACAAAUGGGAUGUUAUUCAACUACAAGCAGGAGAGCAGAUGUCCGAUCUGACAGCUUUAAAUAAAGUCGCUUCUAGAGGCUUCCUCCCAUGCAAAAAAAUUACUGAGAUGAUAGUAAACCACAGCUACAUGGUUACAAAAUUAAAGAAAGUUAACACUAAAUACGGAAUAAAGGCAGUUGUGGAACUCAAUGACGAGUUUCAAUUAUUUUUACCUAGUGCAAUGUCCAAGAAUAUUGUUGAUAAUAAAGGUCGUGGUGUCAUAAAUACAUUCAUAAACAAACUGCCAGUAGAACUGCAAGUGGCAGGAUAUCAGCAUUGCGGACCAUGCACUAAACUAGCUAAGAGAUUAGCCCAUGGAGAUCCAGGCAUGAACCUAUUAGAUGAAGCUUGUAAGCAACACGAGAUAGCUUAUUCCCAAAACCCUAACGAAAUUAUGGCUAGAAACGUAGCAGACAAAAUUCUAUCAGAAAAGGCUUGGCAACGCCUUCAAGCUUAA